UCUCUCUCACACACACACACACACACGCAAAAAGAAACUCAACCCAUCUCAGAAUUAUCUAAGUGGUGAGAAAUGGGUGUUCUGGAUGCUGUUUCGGACUAUUUCACAAUCUCUAAACCAAGAAAGAAACGAAAGCCAAUGCAGACGGUUGAAAUCAAGGUGAAAAUGGACUGUGAUGGCUGUGAAAGGAGAGUCAAAAAUGCUGUUUCUCACAUGAAAGGGGCUAAGCAAGUGGAGGUGGACAGAAAGCAGAGCAGGGUGAAGGUGACGGGAUACGUGGAGCCAAACAAGGUUUUAAAGAGAGUGAAGAGAACUGGGAAGAAAGCAGAGAUUUGGCCGUACGUGCCUUACAACUUGGUGGCUUAUCCUUAUGUCGCCGGGGCUUAUGACAAGAAGGCUCCCUCCGGCUACGUGAGGAACGUGGCUCAGGCACUUCCGCCCCCGGAUGCGCCGGACGAAAAGUACACCUCAAUGUUUAGCGACGAAAAUCCACAUGCUUGUUCUAUCAUGUGAAGUAAUUAGAUUAGACCACUGUUAUUAACUACUUGUAUGCGGACUAUGAUAGAUCUAUGUCACUUCGUGCUUUGAGUUUGUAAUUAGGUUGGUUGGUUUGUUUAAUUUCCUCCUUAAUGUUAAUUAGGCUUGUACUUAAUUAAUUAGAUGAUGAUCCCUUUUGGGAAAACA